AUGGCUUUCGGAACUCUCUUCACCACCGCCGACCAACCCCGUGCCACCGCCAUCAAGGCUGUCGCCAAGGCCAACGGCCUCGAGCUCAACAUCUCCAACGUUGAGGCUGGCAAUCCCACUGCUGAGCACCUCAAGGCUCACCCUCUGGGCAAGUACCCUGCUUUCCUCGGCGAGGAUGGCUUUGCCCUGAGCGAGAGCAUUGCUAUCGCCAUCUACGUCACCUCCCAGAACGAGAAGACCACCCUUCUCGGCAAGACCAAGCAGGACUACGCUUCCAUCCUCCGAUGGAUGUCCUUCUUCAACACCGAGGUCGCCCCCAAGAUCGGUGCUUGGAUCAAGCCCCUGACCGGUGCCUCCCCCUACAACAAGAAGGCUGUCGAUGACAUCUCCAAGGAGGUUGCCCGUGCUGUUGACGCUGCUGAGGAGCACCUCACUCACCACACCUACCUCGUUGGUGAGCGCAUCACCCUGGCUGAUCUCUUCAGCGCUGGCCUCCUCUACCGCGGCUUCCAGUACUUCUUCGACAAGCAGUGGCGCCAGCAGCACCCCGCUGUUACUCGAUGGUACGAGACCAUUGUUAACCAGCCCAUCUACACUGCCGUCGCCGAGAAGCUCCCCUUCCUGGAGACUCCCGUCCUGACCAACACUCCCCCCAAGAAGCCUGAGCAGCCCAAGCCUGCUAAGGCCCCCGCCGCCGCCAAGGCCGCUCCCGCCGCUGAGGAGGAGGAGCCUGCUGCUGCCCCCAAGGCUAAGCACCCUCUUGAUGCUCUGCCCAAGGCUUCCCUUCCUCUCGAUGAGUGGAAGCGCCAAUACUCCAACAGCGAGACCCCCGCUGCCCUCAAGUGGUUCUGGGAGAACGUCAACUUCGAGGAGUACUCCAUCUGGAAGGUUGCCUACAAGUACAACGAUGAGCUUGCCAUGACCUUCAUGUCCAACAACCUCAUCGGUGGCUUCAACAACCGUCUCGAGGGCUCCCGCAAGUACCUCUUCGGAUGCACCUCCGUCUACGGAACCAACAACGACUCCGUCAUUGAGGGUGCCUUUGUCAUCCGUGGCCAGGAGUACGUCCCUGUCUUCGACGUCGCUCCCGACUACGAGAGCUACGAGUUCACCAAGCUUGACCCCACCAAGCCUGAGGACCGUGCCUAUGUUGAUGCCCAGUGGUCUUGGGACAAGCCCGUCAUUGUCAACGGCAAGGAGUACCCUCACGCCGACGGCCACGUCUUCAAAUAA